AUGGACUCGAUCACCACGGCUCAGGAGAAGCCGUCUUUGUCGGAGGUGGAGAAUGCGAAGAAGCAGGUUGUCACGCAGGUGUCGCAUUAUGCGCCCAUGAGCGAUGAGGAGAAGGCGCUGGAUCGGAGGGUCAAUUUGAAGUUGGACUUUACUUUGCUUGUGAUUCUUGCGAUCGGAUUUAUCCUUCUUGGUAUCGACAAGACGAAUGUCGGCUUCGUCGCCACGAGUUCCUUUAUCGAAGACGCAAACCUCCAUCCAAACGAUAUUCCAAAUUCUCUUUCUCUGUUUUCCGCAACUUAUGUGCCUCUUCAGCCUAUCUCCACCAUGAUCGGCCGCCGGGUCGGUCCCAAGUGGUGGAUCUGCACGCUCAUGACAGUCUGGGGAAGCAUAUGCAUUGCCCACAUUGCCGUCAACAGCACACCGACGUUCCUCGCGCUUCGCCUCCUGCUUGGUGUUGGCGAGUCCGGAUUCACGCCCAUUUGCUUCUACUACAUGUCGCUCUUUUACCCCAAGUUCUCGCUGGGAUUCCGCAUGGGCUUGUUCUCCGGAAUGUACUCGGUCGCUGGAGCUUUUGCUGGACUUCUUGCAUACGGUCUGCUUCAUCUUGAGUCUUCAAUUCUGAAAGGGUGGCAGACGGUGUUCCUCUUUGAGGGCGCACUCACUGUUUUUGUCGCAGCGCUUGGAUUGCUUGUACUCCCGACCAGUCCUGGAACAGCCUGGUUUUUGACCGCUGAAGAGCGCGCCCACGCUACGAAGCGCAUGGCGCUCGACGACGCACAUGCAGGCGAAGAAGCAGAGGACGACUCGAAGAUUACUCUCCGAGACGUGAAGGACGUCCUAAAAGACUGGAAGAAGCUGCUGAUCAUCGUCUUCAACAUCCUCAGCGUCCUUCCUGUCACUGCAUUCACGACCUUCCUCCCCAUGAUUGUCGAAGGCAUGGGCUACGAAGGCGUCAAGGCAACCCUCAUGUCCGUUCCUCCUUUCGUCGCCGGCACAGUUGGCCUGGUCAUAAUCGUUUACUCCUCCGACCACCUCAAAGAACGCAGCCUGCACACCGUCUUCGGCAUGGCCCUCGGCCUAAUUGGCUGCGUUGUAAUGGCAACCAGCGGCUCCGACAAACUCCGCUACGGCUUUGCACACGUCUGUCUCGCGGGUGUCUUCGUCGGCGGACCCCUCGUCGCCGUCUGGCUCGCAAGCAACACCCCCGGCAAAGCCGCCCGAAGCAUCAUCCUCGGAAUCAACGGGUGGAGUAACCUGGCUGGAGUGAUUGCGGGACAACUAUACAAGAGCCACCAUGCACCGACCUAUCGGUAUCCACUUAUUGUCACGAUGAUUCUGAUUGCGGUCGGGAUGUGUGGGUUCUGUGCGAUGAGGGGUCUGUAUAUGUGGGAGAAUCGGAGAAGGCGCAGGAUUAUCCUGUCUUGGGAUGAGCAGGAGUAUGCAGAGGAGCAGAGUCGGACUGAUAAGAAGGGCGAUCAGAAGAUCACGUGGGUUUAUGCUUAUUGA